AUGGUGAGCUCCCGCACGUCCAGCGUGAACGUCACGUCCACCGUUAACGGUAGCGGCGGCGUGGCCGACGGGGGUGCGGGCAACGCGACGUCGCGCGAAGACGAGGGCCGCGCGACGAACGGCGUCGACGUCCCACGGGAGUGGAACCAGAGCGGACCGCCCUCGCUCUCCAUGUCGGUUGACCUGCACAAUCUCGUCAGCUCGACCCUCACGGACUCGGGACGGUAUUCCGCAAGCCCGGACGAUCACCAGGCCGCGACGACCAACACCACCGCGAUCAAGAUCGGCUGCCACGACGAGGAGGAGAGCUACGAGGGCUUCGGCUCCGUCGAGGGCGACUCGGUGGACGACGGACCGGAGUCGCCGGGCGGCAGCAGUUCCGCGCCCUCGCCGACCGGCACCAAUUCGCACAGAAAUCCGAGGAGUCCGAACUCCACCGUUGGAAGACAUUCUUGGCUGCGUACGUCGCUGCGAAGAACACCUCCUUGUUCGGGCAGAAAGCGACUCAGCAGCAACGCUUUAGCCAGCCAGCUUUAUCGCAGUGGUAGCUUCAACAGCACAGGAAUGGGCUCGAAUUAUGAUGCUACGGACGACGUAUACAGCGACGUAUCUUUAGAGGACGUCAUGGAUCUCAGUCACAAAGUUCAAAUGAUCCAAGAGCAAAUGGAUGCCUUAGCGGACACUAAGUCGGUCGGCGAGGAGAGGUACGCUCGAGCGAAGCAGGAAAAUGCAACGUUACAGGCGCGCAUAUUGAUGCUCGAGGAAGCGGCCAAAGAUGCGGAAACGAGGGCUGAAGAGAGGCUUCAAGCCGAGCAACGGAGACAUCGGGAAUGGGCGUGCCGCUUGGAACGUGAGCGUCAGUUGCAGUUGGAGAACUAUGCCAUCAAGCUGCAGGCGGCGGAGCUGGACAGCUCCAGUUUGCGGGAGGAGAUCGCGCGGGUGCGCGAACAGCUCGAGAGAGCGAGGGCGGAUAAGACGCGACUUGAAACCGAUCUUCGGGAGGCCAGGAGGGAAGCGGACGCUGCGCGCGAAAGUGAACGUCAUGCGAUAAGCCGAGCUAACGAGGCUCAUCAUAUGCUCGACGCCAUGAGAGAGGAACUUUCGUUACGCAGCGAGGAUCAGCAGAGACUCGAGGAAUUGGUGCAGCAGGUGGCUCAACUUCAAGCUCGCAAUAAAAGCUUGGAAGAAUCUCGGGACGAACUGCAAGCUGCUGCAGCGCUGCAGGCGGGUCGUGAACUUUUAAUGCUAAAUCCUUGUAACAAUAACGCCGAGAAGGGCCCUAGUCUCGCUGUGGAAUUGUUAGCCGGCAUGAAUCCAGAUCAGAUAGAUGGCCAAGGGGAGCUCAAUGAACCGUGCACGAUGGCUGAGUUGAAACAAGCCUUAAAGGAGCAGCAAGAAGUGAACACGCAAUUGAGAACGUAUAUCGAUGGAAUAUUACUGAAUAUCGUGGAAAACUAUCCGCAAUUGUUAGAAGUGAAACAAACGCACUGAAACAUAGUGUAUAAUCAUUAGAUCCUGUUCUAAUACUUUUGAGGCAGUUGUACAUUUAACUUUCCACAUUGUCGAGAGAGAAUUGCGGCUGCCUAGAACUUAGCCGACAUAUGUUUUACAUAUCGAUAUUUUAAAAUACUUAAAUUCUUAGCGCAGAAGAGCGCACUUAAAAGUCAAUUUUAACGGAAGUCAAGCCGACAGUUCCUGAGCAACGCGAAACUCUAAACGACGUCCAAGGGAAUUUUGUAGAAGGAGCCUCAGAUAUUUUUCAAGUGUUUCAGAAAUACUUUUUCAAAUCUCCCUGGGUUAUCCAGGUUCGAAAUUCAUGCUCGAUCGUUCGAGCUCUAGACAGCCGAUGUUUUUGUACAUCUAGGGGAAAAAAAAAGAGACGUUACUGUAGUCGCAACGUGUGCUUCAAUAAGUGUAAACAAAAGGAAGAAUAUUCGGCUGAUGUCACAUCACUGAGACAUCACACCGUGCGCGGAUCUUCGAGCCGUUUUUCUUUUCCACUGCCAUCAAGCUUCGUCGCACCAGCGUCACCACCGUCAGAUUGGUAAACGAAUCUCGAUUGCGCUUCUCGGACUCUGCACGUCGUCGACUGGCCUAUGCACUUCGGUACACGUGAUAUCGUUAAAGUACUCGUAUACGUUAACGAUCGGUAUGUUAACGGUUAAUGUUAUCCGAAUGAAUAUAUAUACAUGUAUGUAUGCGCGUGUGCGCGCACAUGUGUUAUGCGACAACGGAGAUGACGUGACUGCAUGAUGUGUCGCGAAAAACUGUGAUGCGUUAGAGUACCUUUUAAUUCGUGUCUCGGCGACACGUGCCUACGAUCCUACGGGCGACAACCCUUGUACUCUAGAUCUUUAUACCGAAAGCUAGUAAAAUUGCAAUUAAACGAUUAUAUUUUGAUACUCGUCGUUUCGCCUCUUUUCCCGCUCUCUGAAGGUUGGGUCCGACCCGAGAAAGCCAGUAAUUUCGGCUUUUGCCAUCUCGACUCGAAUAAAUCUUUUAUUGGAACGUGUGUGUUCCCUUCAUAACAUCAACGAUUUCGAAAGAUGAGUCGAAGAUCUCGAAAGAGACGCGCGUUUCAACUCUUUUUGGCAUAAGAGUGAAAAGUCUCUACACAUAAGUAAUAAGUUUGUAAAUAAUUUUAUAGAUUUGCAGGAACUACACGAUCGUGUAGUUCCUGCUAAGCGAGAAUUUUAUUGAAGAAUUUCCAAUGUAUUUCAAGAAAUCAAGGUAUCACCUUAUGAUUUCCAUAUGUGCCGAUUGAUUCAAGAAUUUCUGAGUUCCUAGAUUCCUCCGAGGUUCCAAAACUUCAGCCUACUUGAUUUUUAUCUAUCGAUAAAAUAGUCGCUUAAAGGCCAUAAUGUACGAAAGGAAGAUAUGAAACAAGAAUUAUUAUUACCCAUUCAAAGUGUAAUUAUGCGUAUAAUAUCAGAUAUUAACGAAUUCAUUACGAGUGGGAGAGGCGAGUUAGCGUUUUCAAAACAAUCGCAUGUGUAGAACAUAUGGAUAAAGUGACAAUUUGUUAAAAAAAGUGAAUAAAGAUAAUUUGUUAAAAAUAUGAA